AUGAGCACACCAAAUUUUAAUGAACCAUUUAUAUUAGAAUUAGAUGCCUGUGAAUAUGGACUAGGUGCUGUACUCGCGCCAGAAUACGACAAACGAAAAUUUGUCAUUGCGUAUGCAAGUCAAACUUUAGCACGAGCUGAACGAAAUUAUAGUGCAACCGAACGUGAAGCUCUUGCCAUUGUAUGGGCAACUCAACAUUUUCGUCCAUACUUGGAAGGAACUAAAGUACUUAUUAGGUCGGAUUGUAAAGCGCUGCAAUGGUUGAAGAAUGCGAAAGAUAUUAAUGGAAGAUUAGCAAGAUGGGCAAUGAAAUUAUCCGCAUUUCAAAUAGAAAGUAUUCAAUAUCGUCCAGGAGCUGCAAAUGCUAAUGCAGAUUCUUUAUCAAGAAAUCCUAUCGUUAGAGCUCAAUCACAAUCGGCUGAACAAUCAACAUUAGAAGCGAUUGAAACGAAGGAGAAGGUUAUCUCCGAAAAUAACACUACGACCAAGGCACAAAAUUUUCAUGAAUUAGCAGUGAUAGAAACAAUAUACAUACGAGAAAAACGUUUUUGGCCAGCAAUUAUUGCUAUUGGAACAGGAAUAGCAUCUACGGUGUUUUCAACGGUAAAUUUAUUUCAAAUGGGAAAUUUAAAAGCAGAAAUGAGGGGAGUAAAAGAGUCCCUUCAAGCUCUACAUCUCGCAACACAAAAUAAUCAAGCGCAAAUUUUGCACUUAAGGGAAGGUCAAUUUAAAUCAGCGAAAGAACUUGGAGAUACUCAAAUAGCAUUAAACAAAACAAUGGAAAUAGUUAACCAACACUCUGAAAUAUUACGUAAACAAGCAGUGGCCUUACGAACGAUUGUAACCGAAACAAUAUUUUUAAAAACCAAGCUGGACAAUGUUACCCAUGCGAUAGAAACACAUUUUAUUCAUGAAUCAAUAGAAGGGAUAUUAUCAAACAAACUUAACUUACAUUUUGUUCACCACCGAGAUAUGCCUACGGUGGUCAAGUUAGUAUCUCAAGCAAUGAAGUUGUCAAUUAACGAAGUUAAUAGUUCGAUUCCUAUGGUGGAAAUAAUCACACGAUUACUCGUUCGACAACAAAUUGAUUUUGCGCCAAUGCCGAUAAGAUCAGCAUCGGAAAAUGGCGUUUUAAUUGGAAAACUAAUAUUUACAUCAUAUUUUGCAGCACCAGAACCAAAUCAAGCUUCAUUCUCAAUUUAUGAAUUGGUACCUAUACCUUUUAAUCAAGGAAAAAGGCGAGUAAAAUUAGCCAAAAUGCCGAUGUACCUAGGAAUCGAACAUAUAUCACAACAAUUCAUUUGCUGGUCAAAAGAAGAAGCAGCAACAUGCGAUUUCGAAGUAAUGCCUUCAUGUCGUGAAUCUCCUGUUUGGAGUAAAGAAUUCGAAGAUGAUUGCAUUUAUCAAAUUUUAACCGAUUCAGCGUUAAACGAUUGUCGCAUUGAAUUAUUUCCCGAUAAAGUAUUUAUUCAUCGAGUUGGACAACAUUGGGCAGUAUCAACUUACAACAGCUAUAACGAGGGAACUGUCACAAGUGUCCGCUCGCUUUUUUCUUGA